AUGCUCAAUUUCACCGAUGUGACAGAGUUCAUUCUUUUGGGGCUAACGAGCCGUCGAGAAUGACAAGUUCUCUUCUUCAUCAUCUUUCUUGUGGUCUACAUUAUCACCAUGGUGGGCAAUAUCGGCACGAUGGUGUUAAUCAAGGUCAGUCCUCAGCUUAACAGCCUCAUGUACUUUUUCCUCAGUCACUUGUCAUUUGUUGAUGUGUGGUUUUCUUCCAAUGUCACCCCUAAAAUGUUGGAAAACCUGUUAUCAGAUAAAAAAACAAUUUCUUAUGCUGGUUGUUUAGUACAGUGUUUCUUCUUCAUUGCUCUUGUCCAUGUGGAAAUUUUUAUUCUUGCUGCGAUGGCCUUUGAUAGAUACAUGGCGAUUGGGAAUCCUCUGCUUUAUGGCAGUAAAAUGUCAAGGGUUGUCUGUAUUCGACUGAUUACUUUCCCUUACAUUUAUGGUUUUCUGACGAGUCUGGCAGCAACAUUAUGGUCUUACGGCUUGUUCUUCUGUGGAAAAAUUGAGAUCAACCAUUUCUACAGUGCAGAUCCACCUCUCAUCAAAAUGGCCUGUGCUGGGACCUUUGUAAAAGAAUAUACAAUGAUCAUACUUGCCGGCAUCAACUUCACAUAUUCCCUGACUGUAAUUAUAAUCUCUUACUUAUUCAUCCUCAUUGCCAUUGUGCGAAUGCACUCAGCAGAAGGAAGGCAGAAGGCCUUUUCCACAUGUGGGUCCCAUCUGACAGCUGUCAUUAUAUUCUAUGGUACUCUGAUCUUCAUGUAUCUCAGACGUCCCACAGAGGAGUCUGUGGAGCAGGGGAAGAUGGUGGCUGUGUUCUGUACCACGAUGAUCCCCAUGUUGAAUCCCAUGAUCUACAGUUGGAGGAACAAGGACGUGAAAAAGGCCACGAUGAAAGUGAUCAGCAGAUCAUGUUAA